UUCCAACUGCCGAAUUCUCCCUCCCUCUCUCACUUCCCCUCCCAUAAAAAUCCAAUCUUUUUCAUCUUAUAAAAUACCCCUUUCUCUCUCUUGACACUCUGCCUCACCUCCCCCAAAAACAAUCAACUCAAAACAUAACCCCCCCUUUGGCCUUUGUCUAAACCGUUAUUCCAUCGAAACACCCGCUUCCCUUUUCUCCCUGCUUCUCUCUCUGUGAAUUAUGAUUCUCACUGAAUAUUUGGUCGGUCGGAUUUCCUUUUUUUUCUAGCUUUCUUGAUUGAAUUUGUGAAGAUGCUGGAGAAAAUGGAGGAGAGAUUUGAUGCAGAAGCAGUGAUAAAUGAGUUCGAGUCGUUGUCGAGGGAUGCAGGGACAGUUCAGAGAGAGACUCUGCGGAAAAUCUUGGAUGAAAAUGGUGGAACAGAGUAUUUGCAGAGAUGGGGUCUCAAUGGCAGAACUGAUCCUGAUAGCUUCAAGAACUGUGUUCCCAUUGUCUCCCACUGUGACUUGGAGCCUUACAUUCAGCGGAUUGCAGACGGCAACAGCCCCUGCUGCCUCACCGGGAAGCCGAUAACCACCAUCUCCUUGAGUUCGGGUACCACUCAAGGGAAGCCUAAGUUUGUGCCUUUCAAUGAUGAAUUGAUGGAGAGCACGAUGCAGAUAUACAAGACGUCGUUCGCAUAUAGGAAUAGGGAGUAUCCAAUUGGGAAUGGGAAGGCGUUGCAGUUCAUCUAUAGCAGCAAGCAGUUCAAGACGAAAGGCGGGCUAGCUGCUGGAACAGCCACAACCAACGUCUACCGCAAUGCACAGUUCAAGAAAACAAUGAGAGCAAUGCAGACCCCGUGCUGCAGCCCUGAUGAAGUGAUCUUUGGACCUGAUUUCCAUCAGUCGUUGUACUGUCAUCUCCUAUGCGGACUGAUUUUCAGAGACGAUGUUCAGGUCGUCUCAUCCACGUUCGCGCAUAGCAUAGUCCACGCCUUCCGGACCUUCGAACAAGUCUGGGAAGAACUUGUCACUGAUAUCCGUGAAGGGACGUUGAGCAGCCGGAUUACAGUCCCAUUGAUCCGAACAGCUAUGUCAAAGCUACUUGUACCGAAUCCUCAACUGGCGGAUACCAUUUAUAGAAACAUCUCAGGGCUAAGCAACUGGUACGGCCUAAUCCAAGAGCUAUUUCCGAACACCAAGUACAUAUACGGGAUCAUGACCGGGUCAAUGGAGCCGUAUCUGAAAAAAAUGAGGCAUUAUGCUGGCGAGCUACCUUUGUUAAGUGCAGAUUACGGAGCUUCAGAGGGAUGGAUCGGAGCGAACGUCAACCCCAAGCUCACCCCAGAGAUGGCCACUUUCGCUGUGCUUCCUAAUAUUGGCUACUUCGAAUUCAUCCCUUUGAGAGAGGAUCUAAACCACCAAGGGCAAGAGGCGAAACCAAUAGGGCUCACCGAUGUCAAGAUAAGCGAGGAGUACGAGAUCUUAGUCACCAAUUUUGCAGGGUUGUACCGUUACAGGUUAGGCGACGUGGUGAAGGUUAAAGGUUUCCACAACUCGACUCCGGAGCUCCAGUUCAUCUGCAGGAGGAAUCUCCUCCUCACCAUCAACAUCGACAAGAACACCGAGAAGGAUCUGCAGCUCGCAGUGGAAGCAGCGGCCGAGCUGCUGGCGGGGGAGAAGCUUGAGGUUGUGGACUUCACCAGCCGCGUGGAUCUCUCUACGGAUCCCGGGCAUUACGUCGUCUUCUGGGAGAUCAGCGGGGAUCCCCAGGACGAGCUCCUCCAGGAAUGCUGCAACUGCCUCGACAGAUCCUUCGUGGACGCGGGGUACAUGAGCUCGCGCAAGGUCCGAGCCAUCGGGGCACUGGAGCUCCGGAUCGUGAGGAAGGGGACCUUCCACAAGAUACUCGACCACUACGUGGGGCUCGGGGCCGCCGUCAGCCAGUUCAAGACGCCGCGCUGCGUGGGCCCCACGAACGACACCGUUCUGCAGAUCCUGUCCGUGAACGCCGUCAGGAGCUACUUCAGCACUGCGUUUUAGUCUGUUGGAUUGAUGAUUUGUUGGGGGAAAAAUAUGCUGUUUUUUGUUUUUGUGUAGCAUAAAUCUUAUUAAGAAUAUUUAUCAGUUCAACUGUAUAAAUCAACUGUUGUAGUACAAAAUCUUCUGCUUUAGAAUUCACUUUAAUAUCGAGGA